AUGAGGCCUCCACCAGCGUGUGGUCCCUGCGCGCUCCCAGGUGCGCAGUUGGCGCAGGCGGCGGCGCGGAACGGCGCCGGCGGGCGCUGGCUGGCGCUCUCAGGUACGGCAGAGUGCGCGUGGAGGGGGCGCGCAGCGAGCGAAGGGGCGGGCUUUCCGUUCCCCAGCAGCCGCGGGGCCCGCCCCCUGGCUCGGCCAAUGGGCGCGCUGGGCGGUGUCACGUGCUCGCCGCCGCCGCCGCCGCCGAAGCGGAGACCGGAGCCGCGAGCGCCACCAGGGCAGCAGCCGCCGCAGCCGCCGCCGCUGGGCAGAGGAGCCGGAGACGCGGGCGGACGAGGUGGCGGCGGCGGCGGAGCGGGAGCGGGGACCGGGCGCGGGCAGAGCGCGGCGGCGCGGAUACAGUUUCUUUGCCAUGCUCUGUUCUGUACAACGGCAACAAAAAGUCUUUUGAGAACCAAAGAUACCCUUUGAAGCUUGUUUACCAAGGUGUAUUCCAGAGAAUAAGUCUUCAAACACCUUUGCCAUAUUGUCUCUGAGCUGUCUGGGGACUCAGGCUUAUGAGGAGGUACUGUCA